AUGACGGGAGUUGGAGCGGAGAUCGCUGGCAAGAAGGUUACUCUCCGGAGCUCCGACGGAGAGGUUUUCGAGGUGGAGGAGGUGGUGGCGCUGGAGUCUCAGACGAUUAAGCACAUGGUUGAGGAUGACUGCGCCGACAACGUUAUCCCCCUACCGAACGUCACCGGCAAGAUCCUGUCCAAAAUCAUUGAGUACUGUAAAAAGCACGUGGACGCUGCCUCCGCCAAAGCCGAUGACAAGGUUUCCAGCAAUGAUGAUGACCUCAAGGCCUUUGACGCUGAUUUCGUCAAAGUCGACCAAGCCACCCUCUUCGACCUCAUCCUGGCAGCUAACUACCUGAAUAUCAAGUCUCUCCUGGAUUUGACUUGUCAAACCGUCGCUGACAUGAUCAAGGGAAAAACACCAGAGGAGAUACGGAAGACAUUCAGCAUCAAGAAUGACUUUACACCCGAAGAGGAAGAGGAGGUCCGAAGAGAGAACCAGUGGGCCUUCGAAUAG